CUUCAGUUUGUUAACUUCUCCAAAAGCCGCAUGGACUUCGGGCGCGCGGCUCACCCAUUUUGGCAAACAUUUCCUUUCAUUGCAUGGGAUUUAAGCGCAUCGGGGCUGACCCAGUCUACUCACAAACAGAUAUUCCCCCUCCUUCCUCACAACUUGUGUUUCAUGGAGUCUUCGUGGAAAUCAUUGAUUGUCAACACGGCAGCAAGUAUAGGAAAAACCAGAACGAACUCGGGGUGUUGUGGUAAUGUGGCAUGCACCAAAACCACCAAGUGACAAAGGUUUGGAGCCAUAUCAUUGCACCUUCAAAUUAAAGUAACUACAUGAUGAGCAGCCAGGCGAUGCACAUUGACCCGUUGUUUCGACACAAGAUGCCGUUAUUUGACGGGACCAUAGCAUCCACGGGACUGUCCAAACCUCCAAAUAUGUCUGGUUUCCUGAGUAAGCCGAUGCUGCAGUACAACGGCGCUUACUUCACUUAUGACCACAGAGGAAAGGACAGAGCAGGAUUUACUCCUCCUUGGAGCAACUCAAAGCCCUCUCUGCUGGAUGGCAGAAGUCCUGUGAGUCACCUUUCUGGCAUGGAAGGACCAAACCACAUCAUUUACAGGCAAGAAAGCAAAUCUUUAGAGGAAGGCCAUUCUCAUUCUUCCUCUUUGCAUCAUGCCCCAGUAAAACAGGGCUUUGCGUUAUACACAAAAAGUCCAGGGUUCAGGAGUCCUGCUGCUGCUGCUGCUGCUGCGUCCAUAGCUGUUAGAAAACCAAAAGCUGGAGGUGAGAAUUCAUCUCCCCCAUCUGAAAACUCUGUUUACUUAGCGAUUCCUAAGCCACAUUAUGUGCAUAACCCCUGCUGCGAUGAAGUGGGUUGUGUGAUAGGACAUCAAUACAGUGUGGAACAUGGCUCGCAGAGGAUACCCAGCACUGUAUAUGAGCAUGAUUGGAUGCAAAGUGAUGCUCACUACACUGAAAGACUGCCCAUCCAGAGGACAGGACAAGACACACUGCUGCAACAGAGAGGUUUACAGUUUGAGCCCAGAGCCGAACCAAUAAAGAGGGGGACAUACAGCCCAGGUAGAGCAGGGACUUUUCCUGCUAUGAUAGACCCAAACUAUAGCAGUUACCCCUGCACCCCGACUCGCUCACUGUAUGGUUCUCUAAGUGAGCAGAGCCAGCAUUUACAAACCUCCCCCAGAGGCUACCCUAGCCUAUACUCCUCCCAUCCCACAUAUGAGCAUAUGACAUCAGAGGUUUAUCAGGAACAUUCUCCCAUGUCCAAAUAUGGCCAGCUAACACAGCACCCGAUGUUUUACUACUCCCAAGCAAAUGUGGAGGUAGAAAACAGGUCACAGUGUAAGCAGAGGGAAGAUGUGCCUGUUAUUCUCAAGCACACAAUUCCAGACCCCCGGGAGCAUUACAUAUUGCCUCAGUCUUUUCAUGGUGAAAUUCCUUUGUCUUGCAGUGAAAUGUUGCAAAAUCAUGUCCUAAUGCGGAGUUUUGACUCUCAAUGUUAUGCAGUUCCAAGAUUUCAUUUGAAUGCAAGCCAAAUCAGAUCCCCCCCAAAAAGGCAACUUGCACCGCCAAGCUUGCACUCUGAUCACAUUGUUUCCCAAUCCAGCCAAAGCAUGGCGCACCACAUGGCCUCUGCUACAGACCAACAUAAGGACACACCUAGCCUGCAUGUUGACCAAUCGCACACCAGCUCACCAUUCCGACGUGUUAAAACAAGCAGUCCUGCCAGGCAUGUAGAACCACCUAGUGUCUCCCCGUCCAGCAUACAGAUGAACAGAUUUCAUUCCCCCCUCACCAGCAUGCACAUGGACCGACCAAUCUUUUCAGCAACUGGCUUGAACAUGGAAAGAAUCCUAGACUAUUCUUCCAAUGAAGCAAAUGUUAGGUGCCCAGAAAAUCCCAAAAGUCCUCCCGUUUCCCCACAAACAUCGCUGCCCCGGUCACUGCAUCACAGUUCAAAUCAAAUCCAAGCAGCUGUAGUAAAUCAGGGAAGUGUCCGUAAGAUCAUUUAUUCCCCCCUUGCACCAGGAAACCAACACAAUGGCCCUGUGUCAAGUUCAAUCACUGCUGUUCUCAAAAGGCGACUGAAGAGAAGUAUUUCUAACUCCUUUACACCCAUCAAAAUAAAAGAGGAGGAUAGUGAUUUAUGUAAAGUGGAAUUUGUCACAAAACGACAAAGAGUAGAAAUGGAGGAUGAAGAAGAAAGAAUCCAAACUAGCUCCCCUCCAAUGCCAGUUAUUAACAACGUCUUUAGUCUGGCACCUUACCAAGCAUACCUGCAGGCCUCUGGAGUUUUGUUUUCAGGCAGAGUACCUCAAAGAGCCGUCCACCCUUCUGAGCACCGUGACAUAGAAAACAAGCCGGACAUCAAAGUGAAAAAGCCGGAUCAAGAUGAACAUCAGCCUGUUGUCUGUCUGGUUCCCCAAAAAAUCUGUGCAGCUACUCCAACAGAGAAGUCUGUUGUGAAAAUAUUCGAACCUAAAACUAUUAAAGUGGAAAAAGUGGAUCCAACGGACACAGAUGACAUUAGUCAGAGGUACUGCCCUAACAUAACAAUAAAGAGGGAGCCUGAAGAGACUGACUCCUACAUCAGUGGGUCAAUGUUGGUGAUAAAGAAAUGUGAAUCUGAUGAACUUGAAAGUAAACCCUCAUUAACCGAUGGAAAUGAGGCUUCACAUAAGACGUCAGAUCAUUCCAAACCUGAAGUGUCUAACCCUAACGCUGCACAUACAAACUCAUCUUCUUGGGUUGACACAUGCUUGAUACCUAAACCGAUUACUUCACCUCACCCACCUGAGAUGAAAAUACAUUUCAAAAACAUUCCUCCAGAGUGUCUGAAACUUUCCACCUUCAAUAUAAUUCUCAGUGAUACGAAGCCUUCUCCCCCUCCGCCACCCCCAGAGAAGCCUCCUGCGCCGCCGAUAACUGAAGUCCCAGCAAAACAAGAGCCCCAGGCGCCAAUCCGCAAGCACUUCUUAGAGUUGCACCUGUCCCUCUGCAAGCUAAUAUCUAGCUGUGUGUUGGCCUCCCCAGAGCAGGAGCUCAGAACCUGGCUGUCUCAGUUGGAACUGACUGUACCAGCAUCUCCUCCUACCAAAGUUCAGAAAGUGUCAUGUUUUUUGGGGGUCAAAGCCAGAGUGGGGUGGCUCAAUGAGGAGAUAAAAUCAGCGCUCCAUGAUGUCCUGCAGAGGUUGAGAGAGUACACCUUUCAGAAAAGCUGUCCUUUUCCACAUGUCAUGAGGACGGGGGCCGUGUUCCUCCCCAUGCUGGUGGUGAAGGAGCUGCUGUUUCCGACAGUGCAGGGCAGCUUCAUCGAUCAGGUGCUGCAGGAACACAGAGUGGAGCUGCGGCCUACUACGCUCUCAGAGGAAAAGAUCCUCAUCCAGCUUCAUAAACGAGCCUGCUCGUCCAGGCUGAGGAGACUCAUGUCCCUCAAACACCUGCCGGACAUCUACGCUGAUGUUGUCAACCUUUUGUAUCACGCUUGUGUCUGCAAAUAUCUGGAAUCAACUUCAGCUGACGUCCAAAAGAAAGUCCAGGCUUAGCUUUGGAUGAAACUGCUGACAGAGAAAAAGAUGGAAGUUGUGAGGAGACUACUGUUUGUUCAGACAUCACUGUCUCAGCCUCAGAGUCACCCCCACAUAUACAUACCAAGGACCACGAAUCAAUGUCAGAUUGGGACAAUAAUAAAACAAAAAGCAGGGUGAAGUGGAGUUCGAAGCGAAUGUUUCUGGACAGCAGUUCCUCAGUUGAUGACGAUCCAGAUGAGACAAGGAAGGCCUUAAGUGGAAGCUUGCUGGAUGCAUUUAGUGAGGAAAACUGGAGUGGGUUUCAGUUUGAAGGGAUUGAGAACAGAGGGAGUGACUGUAUGGUUGCAGAUGAGGAUUCUUCACUAAGCAUCCCUCCUGAGAAUUCAUGGAUGUGUCCUGUGACCUUGGACAAACUUUCUCCAUCUCCCAGUGACACCGAAACAGAAAAUGACUGCAGUCUGCCUCCUGUCAGAGACAAGUCUCCGGUGAGAUCCAAGAAAUGUUCAGGCGUGGUUCUCAAACUGAGGAGGAUGUUUGGCGAAGGUCUGAACAGAAAAAGGGCUUGCUACCAAGCAGUCUCAAACUCUGGGACAGGUGCAGAUUCUUCCUUCUUGCAGACAGGUGAUGGGGAAGGGAGCAGAGACAGGGACAUUUACAGAAGGACGUCCAAAAUAACCCACAGGUGGCAUAGGACAGGAAGCUUCUGUCACGCCUUGAGACCUCUUAGCUCUUCUAAGAGGAAACACAGAUCACUCUUAAAGAUCAAAUACUGUCCCUACUUGACUGCGUGCCACAGCGCUGAACACAGAAGUCGGUGGGUCCUGCGUUCGGCCGUACAGACGGCUCGGAGGGCCAUGAGGUUCUACUACCCAGACCUGGUUGGGAAGAGGAUUCGCCAUCUGUAUGAGGAAGACGACAAAUCUGAAGUGUGGUACAGAGGGGAAGUGCUGCGUGUCCACGAGGCCAACACAAAACCUCUAAAGACUAUAUUUGAGGUCAGGUAUGACAGCGAGCCGGAGUGGAAGUACUACCUGGAGCUACUUAUAGACUAUAAAAAAGGCUGGCUCAAAAUCGAAGAAUAGUUUUCCCACACCAAUGUCUUAAUUCAAGUUUAGCCUUUUGCCAAGUCAACGAGUGUAAUAACAGUUCUUAAUUAUUUCCUUUUCGCCGUUUUUUUUAUUUGCCUUAAAUGUCGGUCUUGCCUCCCCAGAAAUGAAGCUGGACUGGAUUCUUGCUUUUGUAUUUGGAAAUGAGGUUAGCUUAACAUUCUUGUCACUUGAGUGCAACAGGAUGCAUUUUUAGGGACUGACUGAAGCCAAUGUGCCACAUCCUGUACAUACCGGUUUGAGCUCUUAUCUUUUGACACAUCUGUUAUCUCUGGAAAUGUGAAAGAAUAGAAACAAUCUUGCCUAAUUUUAAAACGACUGCUAAAACACCUGGUUUUACUUUAACUGUAAGCAAUUACGACAUUUGGUAUUUAUUGUUGUUUUCUGAAUUUUAUUUUGAGUGAAAUUAGUGACUUGUACAGUUUUUCAAAAAAGAUUGCCAUUAAAAUUAAAAAAGCACAAAAACAAACACAACGUAAAGACAUCUUUAAAGGCCUUCUCUGUGCCAGCCUCAUUUAUGUUGGUUUACAUUAAAAUGCCAGUUUUUUAACUUAUAACAAUGACUGUUUAUUUACCCUGAUGACUGUAGUACAUGUGUGUGUUGUGUGUGAUUGAAGCUGGACAGGCAUUGGUUUGGGUCUGUACUAAAGCUGCUUAAGGUCUUUAAUGCCACCCACGCUGCCACCCUGCUGUAGCGUUUUAAUCACUGUGAACAUAAAGAGACUUUCACCUCAGAUCAUAUUUUAUUUUGUAUAAUUCUGACUUCUGCAGCUGAAUUUUUUCAUGUGUUUUUCUCACGGUUUUGAAAUAAAUGUUUGUAAUGAUCAAA